GCGGGGAGCCCAUCCCGUUCGUUGGCGGGAACGAGUCAAUGGCGACGGCCGAGCAGGAGGCGCCUAGUGAGGUGCCAGCAGCCCUCAAACGGCUCGCCAAAUACAUCGUACGGGGCUUUUACGAUCUGGAGCACUUCCUCACAUUGGACCUGCUUAUCCGAUUUUCGUGCAUUAAAGAGGACGACCUGUUGCUGCUGCUCAAGUUUGAGAAGAAGCAGUUGCGCUCGGUCCUCGCCACGCUGAAGGCGGACAAAAUUAUCAAAAGCCGCAUGCGAGUGGAGACGACGGAGGACGGCAAAUCGACCCGCCAUAGCUUCUACUACAUAAAUUACAAAGUGCUGGUAGAUGUAGUCAAGUACCGGCUCGACCUGGUGCGCCGGAGGAUUGAGAGCGACGAGAGGGAAUCCAGCAAUCGCGCGUCAUUCCGGUGUCCAGUGUGCUCCAGCACCUUCUCAGACCUGGAAGUGAACCACUUGUUCGAUCCCGGCACUGGAGAAUUUCGCUGUAUCUAUUGCUGUGCUGAAGUUCAAGAAGAUGCUUCAGCUUUGCCAAAACAAGACUCGAGGACACUACUUGCUAAGUUCAAUGAACAGAUUGAACCUAUUUACCUGCUUCUUCGUGAAAUUGAGGAUGUUGUUCUUCCUUUUGAGCUGCUUGAGCCAGAGCCAACUGAAAUAUCUGGACUAAUGUUAAGCAUGGAUCACAUGCAGCCAUCUUCUGUGAAGAACCGUCCUGAAAAGUGGUCCAAGAAUCGGUCAGUUUUUAACAUGUAUGAACAGGAGGUAGUGGUAAGUUUAAAUGACUCCACAUCUGAAAAAGUGCAGCACGUGCAGAAGGUUGCUAAAGAGUGUCCCAUUUGGAUGACGCAAAGCACAGUGGAGGAAGCCCCAGUUGAGACUUCAGAAAGACAAACUGCUGGAGCAUAUGAUGAAAAUGGAAAUCCAUCAGAGCCUGUAAAUGAAGUGAUACAAACCCUUUUAAUUCAUGAGAAGAAAUCUGUGAGCAACAAAGUAAAGGCUCCAAACAUGAGACUAAGGGACUCCUCUGAAAGUGACACUAGCGAAUCAGAAGAGGAGUCCCUGCAGAGCACUUCACAGAGUAUGAAAUCCAUGUGCACUAACCUGGAUGAGGCAGAAGUGGAUGACGAGACACCAAUGGUGCUUGUUGCUGGUCAGCCACACUUAUACAGUGAAGUCAGUGAGCAUCCUGAACUGGUUUCAUUUAUGACUCCAGAGGAAAAAGAAACCUAUAUUCAGAUUGGAAAAACCAUGUUCCAAGCUAUGUAUGACUAGUGCAAUAUUUAUUUAAGAUGAACUUUGACAAAGCUAAUUUGAUUUGGACACACUGGCAUUAUUUGUAAUUGUAUGUAAUUUGAGUAGUAUGUGGACUUCAUUGCCUUUAACACUUGAUUCCUUGUUUUUCUUUUCCAGUGUUAAAUAUUAUUAAAAUAUUCUGCUGGCUAGAGGGUAUGUCAGACUACUCUGUGGCACUUAAAUAUCAAGAAUUUUUCUUACACAUUUGCUGCAUAAUCAAAUGACUUUAAGUGCUAUUGACUGGUUAUGGAAAAUAUGUCUUAUGAUAAGUGUACCUGAUACAGAAAAAUAAUUUGCACUUAAUAUUUCUUUACUGUUUUGUCAUGUG